ACAGGAUCUAAAAUGGCGUCAGGAGAAACGGACCGAAGCUGGUGUCGGAGUUUUUUCAACGUUAACGGCAGAACUAGCGUGUGGCGGGAGUCUGGCAGAUUUAUCCUGACAGGAAGCUGUCAUCAUGCUGUGAGGCCUUGACCUUGCUGCUCGUCCUUUAAGGAGCAGGAGGAGAUGGCGGCUGAACUUUUCUCCACCAGCCUCCCCCACAGUAAUGAGGUGGAGGUGGUGGAGGUGAAGAAGAGUUUCAUCCAGCUGAGCGAACCGGAGCCGACGUUCGAAAACAUCUGCGAGCGAGACACCGAUCAGCCAAAUGGCAACAACAACGUGGGAGAGGUGGGAGACAGCUGGCAGGCCGCACAUCCCACCCUCAGAGAGAGGAACGCUCUGAUGUUCAACAACGAGCAGAUGGCUGAUGUCCACUUCAUCGUCGGUCCUCCAGGAGAAACUCAGAGAGUCCCUGCUCAUAAGUAUGUCCUGGCAGUGGGCAGCUCUGUGUUUGGAGCCAUGUUUUAUGGAGAUCUGGCUGAGGGACAAUCUGAGAUCCACAUCCCUGACGUGGAGCCGGCUGCUUUCCUCAUCCUAUUGAAGUACAUGUACAGUGAUGAGAUUGAGCUGGAGGCAGACACCGUGCUUGCUACGCUCUAUGCUGCCAAGAAGUACAUUGUUCCUGCUCUGGCAAAGGCAUGCGUCACCUUCCUGGAGACCAGUCUGGAGGCGAAGAACGCCUGUGUCCUGCUUUCUCAGAGCCGGCUGUUCGAGGAGCCGGAACUGACGCAGCGCUGCUGGGAGGUGAUUGACGCUCAGACUGAGCUCGCUCUGCGAUCUGAAGGUUUCUGUGAGAUUGACCUGCCCACGCUGGAGAUCAUCCUGCAGAGAGAAACACUCAACAUCCGUGAGGUUGUGGUUUUCCAGGCGGUGCUGAGCUGGGCAGCGGCUGUGUGUCGCCGGCAGGGCCUGGUGGUGACCCCCAGGAACCAGCGGGCAGUGCUGAGUAAGGCCCUGUACCUGGUCCGGAUCCCAUCCAUGACGCUACAGGAGUUUGCAGAUGGGGCAGCGCAGUCAGAUGUCCUGACGCUGAAAGAGACUCGUGACGUCUUCCUGUGGUUCACCGCCACCAACAAACCCAGGCUGGAGUUUCCCCUGGUAAAGCGGGCCGGACUUGUGCCGCAGAGGUGCCACCGCUUCCAGUCCUCGGCCUACCGGAGCAACCAGUGGCGCUAUAGGGGACGCUGCGACAGCAUCCAGUUUGCAGUGGACCGGAGGAUCUUCAUGGCCGGACUCGGUCUGUACGGGUCGAGCAGCGGGAAGGCGGAGUACAGCGUGAAGAUUGAACUGAAGAGGCAAGGAACUGCCCUGGCCCAGAAUUUCACCAAGUUCCUGUCAGACGGGUCGAGCAAUACCUUCCCCGUAUGGUUUGAACACCCAGUCCAGGUAGAACAGGACACGUUCUACACGGUCAGCGCCGUCCUGGAUGGAAAUGAACUGAGUUACUUUGGACAGGAGGGGAUGACCGAGGUGCAGUGUGGGAAAGUGACCUUCCAGUUUCAGUGUUCAUCAGACAGUACCAAUGGGACCGGCGUGCAGGGGGGGCAGAUCCCUGAACUGGUAUUCUACUGCUGAAACAGAGCCUGACAGACGGCUUCAACGCCUUUAAUCAAUCAAUAAGCACAGUGGUGAAGUUAAAGAUAGGAGCUCUGGUUCUGAUAGACGGACUGUUGUAGUGAAUUGGAAGCUGAUUGGACUGUUGUAAUGGGACUGGGAGCUGAUUGGCUGUCUGCUGUAUCAGUGCUUUUUAAAAGGAAAUUAAACUGAAAAAUAAAGUUGAAGUGACAGAAACAAAACUGUGUUGCU